ACAGUACCCCUUGUGUGUUCGGUAGGGUUCGGUAACGGUCGGAGAGCGUUUGGCUGGUUCGUUCUAACCGCGAGCACAGUAUACCGCCGACCGACAACCCCUUCGCGUGCGACGAUGUUGCGUUGCGGCUGAUCAGAACCCUUUUUGUCUUCGCUGUUUUUUAAUUCUUUCUCAUUUCGAAAGUUGUUAUCAGUGCAAGAAGUUGAAAUAUAUCAUUGGAACGUUUCGCACCUGCCGAUACGUAUCGACGUUUCGCGGCCAGCAGUGUGUGACAGAUCGAGCCGUGUUAAGUCACAACUCGGUCUAUCGUUUCGUUUCUCCCCUUACCCUGUCUUUCCCUCUCUCCCACCGUUGAAAAAACAUGGCUGAAGCCAAUGGGAAGAUGCGGAAUAAACAUGAGGACAUUGAUACUGCAUCCCUCGGUGCUGACAUUCUCAAUCCCUUCGUUCAUCGUCUCGAACUCGACACUACCUAUGACAAGCUCAAGACCGCAUUCCUGACGGUAGCUCUUCUACCAUUCAGGUUGGCUGCAAUCAUGGCUCUGGUGAUCAUGGCCUGGCUUUUAGCUUGUCUAGGUCUUCUAGGACUGUCCGAGGAAGAUCUACGUCGAGCUCCUUUGACCGGAUGGAGACGCAAGAUAGUGCCCUGGCUGUGCUUUUUUGGCCGGUUGACAUACCAGGCAGGAGGAAUGAGAAUCAUUGUACGUGGAAGACAAGCAACCAGGGCUGAGGCGCCGAUCUUGGUGGUUGCACCCCAUUCAACCUUCAUGGACGGUGGGAUUGUCUACAUAACUGGCUUUCCUUCCAUCAUCGUAAGACGAGAAUCGGGACUGAAUCCGUUCAUCGGAAAAUUAAUCAACUAUACACAACCGGUCUAUGUUUGGAGGGAAGAUCCGAAUUCACGGCAAAAUACCAUCAAGGAAAUUAUUGAAAGGGCUACAUCGAAAGAGGAUUGGCCACAGGUUAUGAUUUUCCCGGAAGGUACAUGCACCAAUCGAUCGUGCCUAAUUACUUUCAAAUCAGGUGCAUUUUACCCUGGUGUCCCCGUUCAACCCGUUUGCAUCAGGUAUCCCAAUAAAUUGGACACGGUAACAUGGACAUGGGAAGGUCCUGGAGCAUUGAAGUUACUAUGGUUAACGUUGACUCAACUGAAUAGCAGUUGUGAAAUAGAGUUUCUCCCUGUGUACAAGCCGAGCGAAGCUGAAAAAAACGAUCCCAAGCUUUAUGCAAACAACGUGCGACGUCUUAUGGCAGAGGCACUACAGAUUCCUGUAUCAGACUACACAUACGACGACUGUAGAAUUAUUACUAAAGCUCAUCAAUUGCACAUACCACAUGCGUCCACUAUAGUAGAAGCCCACAAGCUUCGUAAUAAACUCGGCUUAGUUACAGCAAAGACGGAAGAAGAAUUAGUUCAAAAGAAGACAGAAAGGUUUAACGAAGAAAUGAACUUGCACGAAUUUGCUCAAAUCCUUAGAAUAGAUGAAAAGGAACCUGCUACGCAACAACUCUUCCGAAUUCAUGACAAACAAGCGAAGGGUAUAAUAGAUUUCGAAGAGUAUUUAUUCAUAGUAUUAGCCACAGCAAACGCAAAUUCUGAACUAGAAAAAAUCGAAACAGCGUUUGAAGUAUGUGGCACAAAAUCAUUGUCCUGCCUGAAUAAAAUGGAACUGCGAAAGGCUUUGAAACUAGCAUUAAGUUUACCAGAUGAAGAAUCGGACAAAAUCUUUCAGAAUGCUAAAAUUGAUUCUGCUGAUACGACAGUAAAUUUCGAAUUCGUGCUUGCCGCACUAGCAGCGCGAGCAGAAUUGGCACAUAUAUUCGUUGGGAACACCGAAACAAGGAAAAAAAAUAUUUGAGAAUAUUUAAUCGACUCGUUCCGUGCUCAUCGAAGAUGCAGGACACAUCGCGUUUGCAGCAGACCGCUUUUAAAUCAGGCAUGCGCCAGUCCUGUAUAACUUUGCUCCUCUCUUGCUGACAUUACCCUUUCAACGAAUAGAUAGCCAUUUUCUUUUUUUUUUUAGUAUUAUUAUCGUUGACGAAGCAAGAAGUACCGUCUAAGGAAAUAAAACAAAAAAAGGAACGAGAAGAUCGAAUAGUAAUAUUUAAGAAUUUCAUUGAACGAUCAAAGAAGGGUCUGGAUAACGUAGAUAAAUUUCUUCGCUUCUAGAAGAACUUUUUCGUACGACUAAAGUCAUCUCUUAAAAUAGAACAAAAAAAUCUGUAUUUAUUAUUUAACAUACAUUUUUACCAUCUUUUUUAUUUACCACUUUAACUGAUAAGAAUUUAAGUUUUUAUAUCCUGUUAUUUUUAUCGUAGUUAAUACGAAUGUAGAUAAAAAAUUGAUCUUUCUUUCUUCUUUUAUUCGUGACGCAUUGUUUAUAUGCAUUCGAUAAUUGUGAUAUUGUUUCUCAUUAUUUCGAAUACUUAGCGGUUAAAUAAAAAGUGAAGUCUCACGUUUAUUUUGAAAUAUAUUUGUGUUCUUAGUUGCUUAGAGAUUGUAAAACUUUUCUCUUCAACAAAAUGUCACAUCCAUGUUCAGAAUCGUGUAAAUAGUUAUUACACCGAAGGUUUCUUAGACUUAAGUGUGCAAGCUUCAUCGUGUAAAAUUUACACAUCACGGCAGACGGAUUGUCUAUGCAAAAUAAAUAUUCUUAGAGCGUUAGAAUUAUUAUAGAAUGCUCAGGGUAUCGAUGAAUUCAUGGCUAUUGAGUGUUACGUGAGUUGUAAUAAAUAAGACGUGGUGAGCGGUACACCAAUCACAAAACUUACCUAAGUUUCUGAUAUGUCUAAUGAAACCAACAUGUUUAGAACAAAAAAGCAUUUAGAAUAAAUAUAUUAUAAAAUUUAUUCUUUGCACGGUAAUAAUAUAUACUACAAUAUUUAAUAUUUAAUAAACAUUAAUGCAUAUACAUGUGUACACGUAUAUAUGUAUAUGUAUAUGUAAAUGUAAAAUAAUGAUACAUUGGUCAUGAAUUAUGGUGAACUAUUUAAUCAUUGUAUAUACGCAUACAUUAUAUACAUGUAUUGUAUAUGUAUAUACGAGAAACAUGUAAUUGUAUAUAUAUAUAUAUAGAUACAAUAAAAUAUUCUUACAAGAUAUGAAUUAUUUUAAAUAAAUUUGAUUGCUUCUUACCAUUCGUUUACAGCUAAAAAGAAACCUACUGAUUUAUGUUAGGAUUGAUUUAAGUACAAAUGUACAGAUAUACGUUAGCUACAACAAAUCUAUGGUAUCACACGUAAUAAAAAUAAAGACUAUAUUACUUCAAAUAUCAAAUAGUAAUACAAAAAAUGAAACGGUCUUUUAAAGACGUCAACGCUUGAUAAUCACAACCGAUUUCUUAAACUGUUAAUGUACCUAUAAGAUACUCUUAUGUAAUUUUAAAAUAUAGUAAAUAUUAUUAAA